AGUGUGACGAAAAAUCAAAUACCUGCACUACCCACGCCCUACUGUUUUAAAUCCCCUGCCGCUCGCCUCCGCCGUUCCCCCCUUCCCUUGCCCCAAAACCACACCGCCGAAUUCCCCGGCCGCGCCCCUCCCUACCCACCAUUCCGCGAUUCUCCCACCGGCGAGGGCGGGGAGCACCAUGGCGUACAUGUGCGCGGACAGCGGCAAUCUCAUGGCCAUCGCGCAGCAGGUGAUCCAGCAGCAACAGCAGCAGCAUCAGAGGCACCACCACCACCUGCCGCCGCCGCCGAUGCCACAGGCCCCGCCUCCCCCGCACGGACAGAUCUCGGCGGCCUCGCUACCGUACGGCGGCGGCGCGUGGCCCCACGCGGAACACUUCUUCUCCGACGCGUUCGUCGGGGCGUCCGCGGCCGACGCGGUGUUCUCCGACCUCGCCGCGGGAGCGGACUUCGACUCCGAUGGGUGGAUGGAGAGCCUCAUAGAGGACGCACCCGUGUUCGCGGACUCCGACCUCGACCGCCUCAUCUUCACCACCCCGCCGCCGCCAGUCCCCGUCCCCGCUUCCGCUGUGGCCCCCGUCGACGCGGAGGCCCAGCCCGAGUCCGCCGCUCCGGCGUCGCUUCCCCAGGCUGCAGCGGCCACGCCGGUAGUGUGUUCCUCUCCGAACUCCCUGGACGCCUCCUGCUCAGCUCCCAUCCUCCGGUCCCUCCUCGCUUGCUCCCAUACGGUGGCCGCAGACACAGAGCUCGCUGCCGUGGAGCUCGUGAAGGUGCGCGCCGCCGCCUCCGACUAUGGUGACCCCGCGGAGCGCGUGGCGUUCUACUUCGCGGAUGCGCUCGCCCGCCGCCUCGCGUGCGGCGGCGGGGCGCGCCCCUCGACGGUGAUGGACGCGCGGUUCGCCUCCGACGAGUUCACGCUAUGCUACAAGACGCUCAAUGACGCCUGCCCAUACUCCAAGUUCGCGCACCUGACCGCCAACCAGGCCAUCCUGGAGGCCACGGGCGCGGCGACCAAGAUCCAUAUCGUUGACUUUGGGAUCGUGCAGGGUAUCCAGUGGGCGGCGCUGCUCCAGGCGCUCGCCACUCGCCCCGAGGGGAAACCAUCUCUGGUACGUAUCUCCGGUGUUCCGUCGCCGUUCUUGGGGCCGAAGCCUGCGGCGUCCCUCGCCGCAACUAGUGCCCGUCUCCGCGACUUCGCCAAGCUUCUUGGGGUGGACUUCGAGUUUGUCCCAUUGCUGCGGCCAAUGCACGAGUUGGAUCGGUCGGAUUUCUUGGUUGAGCCUGAUGAGGCCGUGGCCAUCAAUUUCAUGCUCCAGCUAUACCACCUUCUUGGCGACUCCGAUGAGCCGGUGCAGCGAGUUCUCCGGCUCGCUAAGUCACUCAAUCCGUCAGUUGUCACCCUUGGGGAGUACGAGGUCAGUCUGAACCGAGCUGGGUUCGUCGACCGCUUUGACAAUGCACUGUGCUACUACAUAUCAGUGUUCGAGUCACUAGACGUGGCAAUGGCCAGGGACUCAUCGGAUAGGGUGAGGGUGGAGCGAUGCAUGUUUGGGGAGCGCAUUCUGAGGGCUGUUGGGCCAGAGGAGGGUGCAGAGAUGACCGAUAGGAUGGCGGGCAGCAGGGAGUGGCAAACACUGAUGGAGUGGUGUGGCUUCGAGCCUGUCAGGCUCAGCAACUACGCCAUGAGCCAGGCUGAUCUUUUGCUUUGGAACUACGAUUCAAAGUACAAGUAUUCACUUGUUGAGCUGCCACCUGCGUUCUUAUCACUGGCAUGGGAGAAGCGACCGCUGCUCACCGUGUCUGCUUGGCGGUGAGCUUUUUUAGUGUGUAUUUGUGUCGUUGUAUGUGGCAUUGUCAUAGAAUCAUUGAAGAAAUGAUUAGGAAUGGUUUUGCAGCUUUUGUAUUAGUUUCCUCCCGGGAUGAUGACAAUGAGUACAUGGUAUAAUUGGGGAAUUUUAGCUGAGUUAA